AUGCCCAAAGUUCGUACUCUUCGUUCGAAGAAGGCCCCAGAGGGAUGGGAGGAGAUAGAGUCGACGUUAAUGGAGAUCGACAGGAAAAUGAGAGAUGCUGAAAAUGAACCACACGAAGAUAAGAGGAAAACUGAGCUCCUAUGGCCAAUACAUAAACUCAAUCAUCAACGAUCAAGAUACGUGUUUGAUAUGUAUUAUAAAAAGAAGGCCAUCUCCAAGGAGUUGUUUAGAUAUUGUCUUGAUGAAGGUUGGGCCGAUAAACAGUUAGUGUAUAAGUGGCGCAAGCCGGGGUAUGAUCAGCUUUGCUGUAUGCUCUGUUGCCAAGCGACAAAUCAUAAUCAGGGGACGACGUGCAUUUGCAGGGUACCACGAAGUCAACUUGGUGAGGGUAAAGUUGUACAAUGUGCCCAUUGUGGAUGCCGAGGAUGCGCUUCUGGAGAUCAAUGA